CUCCCGCCCCCCACCUUUCCCCUUUUCUCCUCCUCCCCUCUCCAACCUCGGGGGCCUGUUCGGUGGGAGGGGUGGGUCAACGCUCCGCUCUGACGAGAAGCCGUCACAGCCCACAGGCGCUCAGCGCCCCAACCAGCCGUCAUGCCCCGGACCACCUCGCUGCCCGCUUUUCUGCUGCUUCUUUUGGGCCUCGCCGCCCAUGUCGUCACGGACUGUCCUUCAUCUACCUGGAUUCAGUUUCAAGACAGUUGUUACCUUUUCCUUCAAGAAUCCAUCAAAGUAGAAAGCAUAGAGGAUGUCAGAAAUCAGUGCACUACCAUUGGGGCAGACAUGAUAAGCAUACAUAAUGAACAAGAAAAUGCUUUUAUACUGGAUACUUUGAAAAAACAUUGGAAAGGCCCAGAUGAUAUCUUACUAGGCAUGUUUUUUGACACAGAUGAUGCAUGUUUCAAGUGGUUUGAUAAGUCAAACAUGACAUUUGAUAAUUGGACAGAUGAAGAGGAUGAUGAAGAUCUAGUGGACACCUGUGCCUUUUUGCAUACCAAGACAGGUGAAUGGAAAAAAGGAAAUUGUGAAAUUUCUUCUGUGGAAGGAACUCUAUGUAAAACAGCAAUUCCAUAUGAAAAGAAAUAUUUAUCAGAUCACAUUUUAAUAUCAGCUUUGGUGAUUGCCAGCACAGUAAUUUUGACAGUUUUGGGAGCUGUUGCUUGGUUCUUAUACAAAAGGAAUUUGGAUUCUGGUUUCACUACGGCUUUUUCAAAUGUGUCCCAGUCAUCUUAUGAUGACGACUGUGUUCUGGUAGUUGCAGAAGAAAAUGAGUAUGCUGCUCAAUUUGAUUAAGAUUUUUAGAAAUCUCAGAUUAAGACAAAUACCUUAACAGUGUUUCCUAUGCAAGACUUUAGUAUAUAACAAUAAAUAUUGUUUAUGUGUAUAAAUAUAUAUUCAUAUUUCAUAAACAUUGACUAUUCUCAUGCAGUGUCACAAAAAAUAAUAUGGUUAUAAAACGUUUUUAAAAAGGAAUGAUAUACAUUAUCAAUGGUUCUUAACUAUUUCCCAAAAUAUACCUUACACUUGAAUAAGGAAAGCGUAGAGCCCAAAUUACAAAUAAAAAUAAGAACCCAGUUUACCCAGUCUGUGCAAUAUUUCCCCACCCAUUUAGUCUACUUACCUUAGCCUUAGUUCCUUACAUUCACGAAUGAGUGCCUACGUUAAGCAAGAUACAGGAAAUAAACCUGACUUUUAAUGACUGCUAAACAUUUAGACCUCUAAUAUUUGUCUUAUGACUUAGAUGUAGAAAAAUUUUAGAUUUUAACACAUUUUCCACACUUUACAAUUUCAUUACAAAACUUUAACUUUUAAACAAAAUAAGUUGCCCAACCAGAGGGGUGUGGAGGCUGGCAGUGAAGGUGAUACCUUUAUCAGUGUCCCAUUAAUUCUUUUUUCCUGUCACCAUACCUUUAUCUAUAUAAAGUAGCUCAGCAUUGAUAAACUAUUAUCCAAUGACAUGAAAAUUAAGAAGAAACUGCAGCAAAACAUUGUAAUUAGUGUUGUGAUUAUAAAAACAUUAUAAUUAGUGUUGAAGUGUCUUUGCUGUAUUUAGAAACUUCGAAGUUUAAGGAAAGCAUUCUUGCUAGCUCACACCCAUCAUCUUAUGAGUAAUACUUUUCUGAUGGGGAAAACAAGUGACCCAAGUUUGGCCAAUGGCAACAAAGUCCAUUUCACCAGCCACUAUGAAUCGAAAAUGUCCUUCAUCUAAUUACUGGCAUUUUUGUUUUUUGGUAUGAAUAAAGUGACACAAGUCCAUACUGUGUUGUUAUAUAUACUAAGGAAGCAAAUACUACAAAGUCAUAUACUACAACUAUGCUCUAAAACAGCUUUAAGAUCCUGAGAUCUUGUGCGAUCAAGAUGUCUAUUAUUGAAUUUUUUUUUUCAAAGAUUUAUGCAGAACUGGGGUAUAGUCCAUUGGUAGAGGCAG